GCAUGAGGGCAGAAAAACUUCUCAGAGUCGGCAUGGACGUCCCUGUCAUCCUCCUGCUCAUCCAACUCACCCGCACUCCAACUACAGCAUUGGUGGCCAGCAGAGUGGAAGAAGAGGCGGGAUGUCCCCUGGGCCAGUUCCCGUGUGGAAACAUGAGUGAAUGUCUCCCUCAGGUGCUGCACUGCAACGGACACAAAGACUGUCCCAACGGAGCAGACGAGUGGCGUUGUGGUGACAACGUCGGCCUGGCAGACUUAAUUGGUGAAACGCUUCAGAACAGGCCUGUGAUCCAAACAUUGGAGAAUGAGUGCCUCUUGCAGAAGUAUGCAGAGAGCUGUGCCUGCUCAGUAACAGAUGUUGACUGUGUGGAGGUGAAUCUUCAGGAUGUUCCUGAGCUCUCCCCAAACGUUACCUGGCUAUCGCUGAAGAGCAAUAAGAUUCGGAUAUUGUCUGAUUUUGUUUUUUCAGACUAUUCUGCACUGGAGAAGCUGUUUCUGCAGAACAACAGUCUCCAGUACAUAUCUAAACAUGCCUUCAGUGGCUUGUACAGUCUGAAGAAGUUGUUUCUCAGUGAGAAUUUGAUAUCUUCAUUUAUUCCUGGUGUUUUUAAGGAUCUAAAUCAAUUAGAAUGGCUGAUGCUGGAUCAUAAUCCACUUCGCAGCUUGUCGCAGGACACCUUCAUUGGGCUUCAAUCCCUCGUCUACCUAUCCAUGGUGCACACGUCCCUCCAGCAGCUCCCUCACCCCAGCUUCUGUCAGCAUCUGCCUGCCUUGGACUGGCUUGAUCUUGAGGGGAACCAAAUUCAAACUCUGAACUACUCCAUCUUAAAGACGUGCAGCAAGCUUGAAGUUCUAUUGCUGAUGGACAACAGGAUCAGAAGAGUUCCUGAAAACACCUUCCAGUCUCUGUGGAAACUGGCCGAAUUGAAUCUUUCCAACAACAGGAUCAGGGAGUUGCCGAAGAACACGUUUAAGAAUCUCUCAAAGUCGCUGCUAAAACUAAAUAUAUCCCACAAUCCUCAUCUACACAUACACCUGAGCCACUUCAGCCACCUGACACAGCUGCAGUCUCUGGCACUAGAGGGUAUUGAGAUCCCAGAUAUUCAGACCAAUAUGUUUAUUCCCAUGAAGAACCUCUCACACAUCUACUUUAAGAAGUUCCAGUACUGCUCCUAUGCACCUCAUGUCAGGUCCUGCAAGCCCAACACAGACGGCAUUUCGUCAUUUGAGGACCUUCUGGCGAACAUGGUGCUGCGGGUCUCCGUCUGGGUCAUGGCUUUUAUCACUUGCUUUGGUAAUAUCCUUGUGAUCGGCAUGAGAUCACUGAUUCGUGCAGAGAACAACCUGCAUGCUGCCUGCAUCAAAGUCCUCUGCUGUGCAGACUGCCUCAUGGGUGUGUACCUGUUUUUUGUUGGCGUCUUCGAUGUGAAAUUCCGUGGACAGUACAAUCGUAAUGCUUUGCUGUGGAUGGAGAGUGUGGAGUGUCGCACCAUUGGAUUCCUGGCCAUGCUCUCCUCAGAGGUGUCUGUUCUCCUCUUGACCUACCUGACCUUAGAGAAGUUCCUGGUCAUCGUCUUUCCCUUCAGCAAUCUGCGCCCAAGCAAACUUCAGACAGGGGUGAUCCUGUCUGCUAUCUGGCUGAUGGGAUUCAUCAUUGCUGCGGUGCCGCUGAUGAAUGAGGACGUGUUUGGGAACUACUACGGCCGUAAUGGGGUCUGCUUUCCCCUGCACUCUGACAGGCAAGAAAAACCUACUGCCAAAGGAUAUUCCACAGGCAUUUUUCUGGGUCUCAACCUGGUGGCGUUCCUUGUGAUCGUCUUCUCCUACUCCAGCAUGUUCUACUCCAUCUAUAAAACUGGCAUCAAUGCCACGGACUUGAGAAGCAGACUGCACAAAGAUGUGGCCGUGGCCAACCGGUUCUUCUUCAUCGUGUUCUCUGAUGCCCUCUGCUGGAUUCCUAUAUUCCUAGUGAAAGUUCUCUCACUGUUGGAGGUGGAGAUACCUGGCACAAUCUCCAGUUGGGUUGUUAUCUUCAUCCUUCCAAUCAACAGUGCCUUGAACCCGAUCCUGUACACCUUGACCACCAGCUUCUUCAGAGAGCAGGUGGAACUGCUCCUAUGCCGCUGGCAGAGAAGACACAUUUUGAAGAAAGACCAAAAAAGCCUCACUUCCUCCACGAUCUUUAUGGAGGCGUCCCGGGGGCCGUGCUAUCGGCCCCCACCUUACCUCCAACGGGGGUCGCUGGUCAGGGCAGACCCCCGAUACGCCUAACAGAGCACUUCCCAAACUGAUAUUCUAUCAAUUAUGGGCCAUGGGGACAUUUCAUGGAACCUUUUUAUGUGCCCAGAAAACAAAAGGACUGUUUAAACAAGAUUUAAACAGAUUUCCAUGAGGGAAAAAUAUCUAAUACUGACUGUGCUGUUUCAUCAUGCCCUGAGGUUUUUUUCUGCAUUCAUAUAAAGACAGCACCUUGGGCUUAAGCAUCUUGCUGAAAGGCACCUCUGUAUGUGAACAUGAGGGACCAGGGGCCUCAUUUAUAAAGCUUGCGUGUGCACAAAACAGGGCUUGAAAGAUGGGCACGCCACCUUCUACGCAAAGGUUGGAAUUUAAAAAAAACUUCACGGGAAAAUGUGCGUAUCUUUACGCAAACUUUGAUCCUAGCGCACGAACAUUUUGAAGAUAUGGGGAGCUGGCGACGCAGGCGAUGAGGUGGUGAAAUGAAGCCAGAUUCAUGUCAUACGUUUAAUGUCAUCACAUAUCAGACUUAUAAUAUAAUAGCGCUGAUCGUGUCCCUCUGUGUUUGAAGCUCAGCAUCAGUCAGGACUCUAGUGCUGUUGCAGCCGCAGUGCCAGGACACGCCGGGAACCUCCUCCUCACCCACCGCGACAACUGUAGAGUGACUGAGGACAGAACAAAUGAGUGCAGGGCCACUAUGGAGACCCUAAAGGGACUCCGAUUUUUUGUAUAUAUAUAAUGAGU